GGGACUUUCGUCAAAAUUUGCAGCGUCGGUGGCGAAUAACUGUGACUUGAAUUUUACUCUAAAAUAAAUGGAAAAGGCGCUGAAAAUGCUCUGAGUCCGAUCUCAACAGUGUCUCUCUCGUCCAAAUCCGCGUGAAAAGGCAAAUAUAAAAAUUUCCUCUUUACCCCCAUGGCCCCAUCCCGUUAUCAUUCGCAGUCUCACACCACCACUAAUCCUCCACCGUUCACCCACUUAAGCUGUUCGAUUUCCUUUCGGCCAUUACUAUAUUGAAAACCUCGCUACUUUGCCAUCUGGGUACCCCAUUCCUUUUCCCCUCUCGGCCUGCUUCAUUUGCUAUUUCAGACGGCAACUGUCUGACUGCACCAGAGAAAAGAGCUACUGAGUUUUCUUGGGUUUCUUCCGAUUUCUCUUUCCCCCCUCUAGUCAGAUCCAAGUCCUCCAGAUGUCGUGUUAGUUGACAAAAGGGUAAGUUUCUUCUCUUCCGAUUUCCUUGCUGGGUUUUCGCUUCCGUUUGUUUGAGUGAAGUAAAUUAGUGUUAAUGGAGGGGUCUCCAUUUCUGGGUCUUGUUCCAUUAGUUCAGAUUCGACUGUUUACUUCUUGUUUCUCUUGCCGUCGUUGGUUGACGCGCAGUCGUAAUUGUUUCAAUGGCGGAUAAUUUAUUAUUAUUUUUUUUGGUGCUUAAUUGCUGAUGUCUGUGGUUGCUCAUUAUGAGUUGUGGUUGGUGUCUCAAUGGAUCUGCUAGAUUUCCAUUAUUAUUCAAACGGCAAGGUGCAACAAAAGUUAGUGUAGUGACGUGUACCUCUUUGGAGUUCUAAGUUUCCAAGGCUAGUGUUCGGAUCAACUGUUGUCCUUUUACAUCUGUUUGAUUGGCCGAUUCAUUUGUGAGAUCAUGAGGUGCAAUGAGGGGAGAGAAGAGAUGUCUGCAACUACUCAAGUGUCAUUAGAUCCACCACCACCACCUAGAUAUCUGAUCUAAGAUUUAGAUGGAUUCUUGGGUAUGGAAUUUGUAGCAACUAACGUUACACUAAUAAUCUGUUCUAGACAAGAUCACAACACCGUGAUAUUGAGCUUACUUUGUUCGUGAUUUGUAUUUUCAUGGUGUUUACAGCCACGGGAAUCUUCUUUAGUUGAGGAGGAAAUGGCAAUGGGGAAGUAUUCACGGGUCGAUGGCAGGAAGUCAUCAAACUAUUGUUCAACUAUCAGUAUGGUCGCUUUUGUAGCAUUGUGUCUAGUUGGAGUUUGGAUGUUCAUGUCAUCAUCUGUCGUCCCUGGACAGAGUUCAAAUGUGGCGGUAUCUCAAGGGUCUGCCACCAGUCAGGGCAAACAAAGUAUGGUUGAGAACUCCAAGGGAUUUGAAGACAGUUCUGGUGAUUUACAAGAGGGUUCAAGUAAAGAUGGCGAGAGCACUGAAAAUUCUAAUACUGACAACCAAUCGGAUCUCCAGGAUGACAGCAAGGUGACUGAAACUCAGACGGAGACAGACUCUAACCAAGCAGGUGAAGAAAAUCAAGGUGAGAAGUCUCAAGAGGACCCUAAAACAACUUCUCAAACUUUUGAGGAUGGAGAUGGGAAAAAAGAGGACGAAAAUUCAGGCGAGGCAGGAUCAAAUUCAGAUUCUGGGGAGAAGGAAAAUCGAAGUGGAGAAAAGAGUGAGUCUGAUGAGGGAGAGAAGACCACCGCAGACGAAGGGUCGAGUGAGAAUAAGAAUGAUAGUGAAACAGAUGGUGGUUCAGGUGAAAAGUCAGCGUCAGAUGAGGGGGAGAAGUCCACAGACGAAGGUGAGAAUAAGGAUGGUGGUGAGACAGACGGGAAUUCUGGUGAGAGUAACGAGGGAAGUCAGGGUAAAGAUAAGGCAGUUGAGGUUUUUCCUGCUGGCGCGCAGUCAGAGCUUCUUAAUGAGACUAACACUCAAAACGCAGCUUGGUCUACUCAAGCUGCAGAGUCACAGAAGGAGAAGAACUCACAGAGUCCUUCAGAUGUUAAAAAAGAUGGCCAAGCUUGGAAAGUAUGCAAUACUACUGCAGGGCCAGACUAUAUACCUUGCCUUGACAACUGGAAAGCAAUCAGAAAGCUAUCUAGCACGAAGCAUUACGAACAUAGGGAGAGGCAUUGCCCCGAUGAAGCACCUACCUGCCUUGUUCCUGUGCCUGAAGGGUAUAAGCAGUCAAUUAAGUGGCCUAAAAGCAGGGAUAAGAUCUGGUAUUAUAAUGUCCCCCAUACCAAGCUUGCGGAGAUUAAAGGACAUCAAAACUGGGUUAAAGUUAGUGGUGAAUAUCUUACCUUCCCAGGUGGAGGAACUCAGUUUAAGCAUGGUGCUCUUCAUUACAUCGAUUUCAUUCAAGAUUCUCUUCUUGAUAUUGCUUGGGGAAAAAGGACCCGUGUGAUAUUGGAUGUUGGGUGUGGUGUGGCAAGCUUUGGUGGUUAUCUAUUCGAGCGAGACGUUCUUGCAAUGUCUUUUGCUCCCAAAGAUGAGCAUGAAGCACAAGUUCAAUUUGCUCUAGAGAGGGGAAUUCCUGCUACAUUAGCUGUUAUGGGUACCAAGAGGCUACCUUUCCCAGGAUAUGUUUUUGAUGUUGUACACUGUGCACGUUGCAGGGUUCCUUGGCAUAUUGAAGGCGGCAAACUUCUUUUGGAACUCAACCGUGUGCUGCGACCUGGUGGCUACUUUGUGUGGUCUGCCACUCCUGUUUAUCAAAAGCUGGAAGAGGAUGUCGGGAUUUGGAAAGAAAUGACUAAAUUGACAAAGGCUAUGUGCUGGGAACUGGUGGUUAUCAAGAAGGAUAAACUGAAUGGCGUUGGUGCUGCAAUAUACAGAAAGCCCACGUCCAAUGAGUGCUAUAACCAGCGAACCAAGAAUGAACCGCCAUUGUGCAAAGAAUCUGAUGAUCCAAAUGCAGCUUGGAACGUGCCUCUCGAGGCAUGCAUGCACAAGGUCCCAGAAGAUGAAUCUCUACGAGGAUCCAACUGGCCAGAGCAAUGGCCAAAGAGAUUGGAGAGUCCACCAUACUGGCUGAAAUCCCAGGUUGGAGUUUAUGGCAAACCAGGUCAGGAAGAUUUUGCUGCUGACUAUAAACACUGGAAGAAUGUUGUCUCACAAUCAUACCUGAAUGGAAUGGGCAUCAACUGGUCUACUGUAAGAAAUGUCAUGGACAUGAAAGCGGUCUAUGGAGGAUUUGCGGCUGCACUGAAGGACUUGCAAGUGUGGGUUAUGAAUGUGGUCCCGAUCGAUUCUCCAGACACGCUUCCCAUAAUUUAUGAGCGUGGCUUGUUUGGAAUGUACCACGAUUGGUGCCAGUCGUUCAACACCUACCCCAGAACUUACGAUGUUCUGCACGCAGACCAUCUUCUAUCGGUGGUCAAGAAGAGGUGUAACCUGGUGGGACUGGUGGCGGAAGUUGACAGGAUUUUGAGGCCGGGAGGCAAGCUCAUCGUAAGGGACAACGUUGAGACCAUAACUGAGGUCAAGAGCUUGGCUAAAUCGAUGAACUGGGACAUCCGAAUGAUUUACUCGAAGGAGGGCGAGGGAUUGCUUUGUGUUCAGAAGACAAUGUGGCGUCCAAAGGAGGCUGAGUUGAUAACCUCGGCCAUCAUGUAGUCAUGAAGAUUAGAUGAGAGCAGAUCAGAGCUAUUCAUCGGCAGCCGCGGAGGAAUCAUCUAUUGCUGCCAGAUUGUAGCCUGGUAUUAUUUUGGGGUGGGAAGUAGAGUAUGGUUGAUAUCUGCAGCAAGGCGUAUGGGCAGAUGUUUUCUUAUGACUGUUGUUGGCAUCAUUUGUUACUUUUUACUGAUAUUAAUAGUAUUUACUGUGACGAUUUAUAGCUAAUUCACAUUCAGGGAAUUGUAAAAUUUAAUUUGUAAUCUUCAAUUCUUCUUCUAGGCCUAAUCGUGAUCUCGUACGUUUUCUGAUGGGUCGAUGUAUGUUUACUAGGGAUAGUGGCGAUGAGCUGUUGGUUUUUCCCCAAAAGGUCAAAUAGAGCAAUCAAGUUGUUUUUUGGCUAGUUUGGAUUUCUAUUGGAUUUCAGAAGUUUAAUGUUUAUUUGUGAAGAGACAAAACAGAGAGUGAAUUGCCUGUAGGUAGUUAGCAUAAAUACAAAAUGUUCAU